AUGAAUCUCAACUUCACCUCUCCUCUACACCCGGCGUCUUCUCAGAGGCCCACAUCCUUCUUCAUCGAGGACAUCCUGCUGCACAAGCCCAAGCCGCUGAGGGAGGUGGCCCCUGACCAUUUUGCCAGCUCUUUGGCUUCCCGGGUGCCUCUACUAGACUAUGGCUACCCCCUCAUGCCCACACCUACCCUCCUGGCUCCUCACGCCCAUCACCCUCUGCAUAAGGGAGACCACCACCAUCCUUAUUUCCUUACCACCUCCGGGGUGCCGGUUCCCGCGCUGUUCCCGCACCCCCAGCACGCGGAGCUGCCUGGGAAACACUGCCGCCGCCGCAAAGCUCGUACAGUUUUUUCUGACUCACAGCUCUCGGGUUUGGAGAAGAGGUUCGAGAUCCAGCGCUACCUGUCCACGCCAGAGCGGGUGGAACUGGCCACUGCCCUCAGCCUAUCGGAGACGCAGGUGAAAACGUGGUUCCAGAAUCGGCGGAUGAAGCAUAAAAAGCAGCUGAGGAAAAGUCAAGACGAGCCCAAAGCUCCAGACGGGCCUGAGAGCCCUGAGGGUAGUCCCCGUGGUCCAGAGGCUGCAGCCGCCGACGCUCGGCUGAGCCUGCCCGCCGGCCCUUUCGUGCUGACCGAGCCAGAGGACGAGGUGGACAUUGGGGACGAGGGGGAGCUCAAUUCCGGGCCGCAAGUGCUCUGA